UCGGAUAUGUUUGAAAUGUAUCCAUCAAACCUCAAUCAUUUAUAUUUUUUUUUAUUUAUUUUACUUUCUUUUUUUUUUUGACAAAGUUUAAGAAAUCACAUGACCAAGCCCUUGCCUCUGUGGUCUAUAUAUACUCAUCCUGACAGGCACUAAGGACGGCUAAUCCUGCAAACUUCAAACACACACACAACAAAGAAAAAAAAAUUAAACCAUGUCACCAUCCACACUCUCUCCUCUACUCUACCAAGAACUAAUAAUGAACCUUCAACCCUCAAGAAGGCUACUACAACACCACCCUCCGCCUACAUCCGCCACGCCUCCGCCUCCACCCAUGGCUAACAACCCUGUAGACCCCACAGAGCCUUACAGUGGAACUAAUGGCUUUGACGCAAAUGUAGUAAUGGUACUAUCAGUCCUCUUGUGUGCCUUAAUCUGCUCACUAGGACUAAAUUCCAUAAUCAAGUGUGCUCUACGAUGCUCGAAUUUCAUGCCUACUGAAUCUAAUGACAGCAACAAUGACCCAAGCUCAGAAGACACAGGCAUCAAGAAGAAGGCUUUAAAGACAUUUGCUGUAGUAAAUUACUCACCCAACCUGAAGCUCCCCGGUCUUGGUACCGAAUGUGUUAUAUGCUUGUCAGACUUCGCACCAGGAGAAAAAUUGAGGCUACUGCCAAAAUGUCAGCACGGAUUUCACAUCAAAUGUAUUGAUAAGUGGCUCAAUACUCACUCUUCAUGCCCAACCUGCAGGCACUGCUUGAUUGAAACAUGUCAGAAGAUCGUUGGCUGUGAUCAGGCUGCUGCUAGCUCGUCGCAGCCUGAUUCACAGCCACUUCCACCUCAGGCAACUAUCAUAAAUAUAGCACCAUUAGAACGUGAAGAUUUGGUAAGAAGUUAUAGGGCUAAUUGUUAGUACUAGCAUCCUUAGCUCAAUUCGUCGAAACAAAAACUUGUACAUUAGGAAGGUCAAGCCCUCUGAGACAGAGUAAAACAUGUAACAGGUAGUAUAUCAGUAGCAUCCAAUUGAAGAUUUGUAUAGUCAGGAUUCAGGAACUAUUGGUUGCUUCAAGAACAUGUUUCAAGUAGUACUUAUAUUGCAAGUGCCCUGCUGGAUCUGAGUAAGUCCAACAUACAGAGUCUUAUCAUAUGUUCCUAACCACUCAAAACUUUAAAAAGCAAUAUCAAGACAAACAUGUAAUGUGACAGACGAAAAUGAAAAUCAAAUUAUGUAAUUUAGAAAAGGAAAACCACAUGUUAAAAGUCUCUGUUUUAUCUCCAUAUAUGUGUUUUUAUCAUAAA